AUGGCGAUUUGGAAGCGUGAAAAGGAUCAAAAGCAGACUCAACGCUUCCCAAUCGAGGUAGCGGAAGCCUUCGAGCCCGAGGAUGAUCUUCUUCGUCAAGCGCAGCGAACCGGCUCUCCACCUGGCAAUCUCCUUUGCAUGUACCCAGACGCUGCACCAGGAACCAGCCUUAACCAGUUCCGUUUCCAGCUCCACCGCGAAAACGGGGUUCAGCCCGGUCUUGUCGGUUACCUGGAGAAGUAUGUCGGUGCUGCACACUUGGUCUGGAGCAUGUGCGCUCUUCUUGCAGAUAGCGGUAUUGAUCCAGAGUGGAAAGAUACAUUUGAGGUGUGGCGCCCACAGUGGAGACAGUUCGCUACGAGCUUUGAAAUCCAAGGAAAUACUUCACGCACUUUAAAUGUUCCCCCUCGCCAGUUAGAGAAUAAGCGUGAUCGGGAUGCUCUAGAUGAUCUCUGGAAGUGGAUGCUUGAUGUGCCACCCGAGGCGAUUGUUAAUGGAGUUUAUAUCAUUAAGCUUGGGGUUGAGCCUUGGUUCCCUGGUGAGUAG